CUUGAUAGUGGACUACAUCGGCGGCGAGGAGGCCUUCAUUCGAUCGAGUGACACGCAAACGUUCAACGCCAGGACACCGCCCUGCUGUUGCUGUUUACCGUUUCUGCAGCGAUCGGCCGUCACAAAGAAUCGACUUCUAUUCACGAGGUUACUUAUUCUUCAGUUGCCAAUAGUCCAGAGUUUGCUCUUUGUCGGGUUGAACGUUGUAUUCGUCGAAGACGUCGAAAAUUUCAACCGUAUCAUACUGUACUUUGUCCCUUUCAUCGUCGUGUCCAUCAUCGCUGGAGUAUGGGGUUUGAACAUUAUCGUUCGUAUGGUAAACCCGCUGUAUAGCGAAUUCAAAGUGAUGGGCAAAUACGUAGUAUUGCAAGCCGUGUUGAUCCUGUGCAAAGUUCAACCACUGGUUAUUAUGGGACUAGUGACUUAUGUUACUCCAUCAUGUGCCUUCCCAUUGACCUUACAAGUACAAAAGAAUGCUGUAUUCCAAAUGUGCCUUUGCGCGGAAAUGCUGGUACUCUCGCUGUGGGCUUUCCAGCUGUACAAAACACCGAACAAGAAUCAGCAGCUGUUGGAAAAGACAGAAUCGACCUGAGCGACGGAUGUCCGCACGCGCGUAUCUAAGAUAUAGUGAGAUUCCUUACUACUAAUCCUAUGAAUAGCAUUCUCAUACGAAUUCUCAUUCGUACUUAGCUGAUAGUAAUUUAAUGUGAUAAACAAAUAAAUAUAUUAUGGUAAUAGCUGUUUAA